UCCCUCCCGGACUUCAGAAGCAGCCGCGGCCAGACGUGCUUGGAGUCAGUCACCGGGCGGAUCGGAUCGCUCUGUCCUCCGUCCGCACCGAGGAGGCGCUUGCAGACUCACUCACUGCGCCCUGCUCUCCAGCCUCAAGCACAGGAGACUCGCCUCUCAUUGGGACCCAGAGAGAAAGAGAACCACAGAGGUCUUGCCAAGACUUUGGGGGGAAAAAAGAGAAAGUCCUUUGAGACCCAAAGAGGGAUCUUGCCAGACUUUGGUUGCCAAAGAAGCGCAGAGAUCUCGGGAGAAGGAUAGAAAGGAGAAAGAGAGAGGCAUCUUUAAUAAGAAGAAGGAGAAGCCACCCAGUUGGCCAUGGAAAGGAUCCCCAGCGCCCAGCCUCCCCCUCCUCCUCCUCCAGCACCGCCUUGCCUGGGCAAACUGGCCACGCUGGAGGGCAGCGAGAUGCCAGGGUUGGACUUUGCCCACAUGUACCAAGUUUAUAAGCCCAGGAGAGGGUUAAAAAGAGGCGACGACAGCAAGGAGACCUACAAGUUACCCCACCGGCUGAUAGAAAAGAAAAGGCGGGAUCGGAUUAAUGAAUGCAUUGCCCAGCUGAAAGAUCUUUUACCAGAACAUCUCAAACUUACAACAUUAGGGCACUUGGAAAAAGCCGUUGUUCUUGAGCUUACCUUGAAGCAUGUCAAAGCACUCACCAACCGAAUUGAGCAACAGCAGCAACAGAUCCUUGCUCUCCAGAAAGGUUUACAUGCUGAUGAACUGCCACCAAGGAGCCUUGAUUCUAGCCAGGAGGUGUUUCGAUCUGGUUUCCAGAUGUGUGCCAAAGAAGUGCUGCAAUACGUGGCCAAACAUGAGAAUGCCAAGGAACUGAAAUCUUCCCAGCUCAUCAGCCACCUACACAGAGUGGCCUCUGAGGUUUUGCAGGUUGGCAUCGGCAGAAAGCCAGGAGACACUGCUCCCAGACCCACGGACCUGAAGGAAAAGUCUGGCUCUCUGACCAAAACCACUGAAGCUCAUGGAAAAAAUUGUGUGCCUGUGAUUCAGAGGACUUUUGCCCACUCCAGUGGUGAGCAGAGUGGCAGUGACACAGAUACAGACAGUGGAUAUGGGGGAGAACUAGAAAAAAAUGACUCCAAAUCUGAUGCGCAGUAUUUUAAGAAGGACUCUGACCUCAAGUAUGGUGUCCAAGAGAGAAUCGGUUCUAUCAAGCAAGAGAGCGAGGACCCACCCGCCAAACGGACCAGGAUAGAAAUGUCAGAGGAUGAAGACCACUUUAGCAGUGAUAUGCUGGGCUCUCCUUCCAGCAGUUUCUUGGGUCCUCAUGCCCACCAGCCACCGCUGUGCCUGCCUUUCUAUUUGAUUCCUCCCUCAGCAACAGCCUAUCUCCCUAUGCUGGAAAAGUGUUGGUACCCGGCCUCCGUACCUAUCUUGUAUCCCAGCCUCCCAACUUCCACUGCAGCACUUUCAGGGUUAAUGAGCCCAGAGAAAAUGUCUUCUCCUUUACUAAUGCCUCAGCGGCUCCCUUCUCCAGUCCCAUCGCAUUCCCCCAUGGACUCUACUGCUCUGCUUCAAGCUUUGAAGCAGAUGGCUCCUUUGAAUUUGGAAACCAAAGACUAAACAUGAAGUGACUUCCUCUUGAGAUGUUCUUUUUUUCCUACUUGGUUGAGUGUGAGGUUAUUUCAGGGUCUCUCUCAACAUCUCCAAACUGGCUGAAUUGAGAAGUGGGGAAGAGCUUUGGUUAUUUAUGUCUUGGGAAUCCAUGUCCUCCUUCACUUUGGCUUCCCAAGAAAUUUAGGAAAGUCUUCAAAAUUUCACCCAAAGUAGGGGAACUAAAGAGAUUGGGGGAGAGUUAAUUUAAUAUUUUUGAAGUGCUUUGUACUUUUUAACAUCUACAGUAUGACACCUGACUUAGUAAGUUGGCUAGGGAUAUGUUUAAAAUGAAAACGAGGCAGACUUACCAUCUGUGAGAAUAAAAGCAUGGUACUUCUGAUGACUUUUCAACAUAAUGCCUAGAGAGCCAAGAGUGUGAGUCAAAGAAUGUGGCUUCCCCAUCUUGCUGCUGCCAAUAUUUGAGAUCUCUGACUGAAAAUACACAAAGAUUUGCACACACACACACACACAGAGAUCUAGCUAGCUAUUGAAGUACUAGAAAAUAAUUGUGCUGUCACAGGUUGGUAAAGCACUGUAAAUAAUUUGGGGGGCUUGGUUUCUCAUCACAUUUCUACUGAUUGCACAUAGAUUUACUUUUUCAAUGCUGCCUAGAAAUUAAAUGUAGCUUGAGCUGCUGGGUAGAGAUUUGGUAUGGGCAUCUAUGGCUAUGGCCCAUGCAUUCCUGUCCCUCACAUUGGACAUUGCUUUUCAAAGCUGCUAGAGAUGAAGUUCUUAUGGGGAAAUCAGAAUGUCUAAAGAGACAAGUCCAGACCUGGGCGAGACAGCAGAUUUGACUACUGCAAGAUAGUAUCAGAUGGAAUGGCUCUCCCCUGGCUUUUUGUUUCCUGUUGUUGCAGUCUCUGAAGACAAUUCAGCCUGAUGUCUGUUAUGUAAGAGUCUCAUAUCCAAGUUGUGUGCAGUGUUCUUACUCCAAAUACUCCUGAAAUCUGCUGUCCUAACUAAACAGCAGAAUAUUUGUUACAAUUGACACAGCAAAGACUUUAGACCGCUUUUACAGAGCCAGUGGCAGCUCACAGCAAGUCUAAGGAAGUACCUGAAGCCAAUGAAUGCUAGGGAACCCCAGAAAUCCCUUGAUUUUUCCUUCUUUGCCUGAAGCUCAAGAUAUUUGAGUGUGGAUCAUGUAGCACUUCCACACCACCAAAGCAGGAGGUAGUGGCAAAGGCUGGGGAUAGAAGGCCAGGGAGGACACUCAAAUAGUCAAAAAUAGCACUCCCAACUUCGAUAAACCUCAUUUCUAAUUGAAACUCAAGCACUUUCCCCUCAAAAAUGGAGACAGAAAAGCAGAGCUUGGAGCUUGAAGGAUCUUUUCACGACCUGUUGAGGCUGGUUCCUGAAAACUGAUGUAAGAAUUGACAUGAAGGUUGUGAAAGCAAUAUUUUCUCAGUGAGAGGGAAAUGUGUCUCUUUGCUAGUUGACAGUGAUACAGUUGUCCCUUUAUGGGCUCUCAUUAUGGAGAUCACAUCUGCUGUUUUGGCUAAUAAUAUGAAAAGCACCUGUGUGUGGCUUGAGUGUCCAGCAUGGUUAGUGGAGUUUGCCCAGUUGAGUGCCAGAUUUCGCUUGACAGUGAAAAGGUACCCUUCUUUGUGUUGAUUAUACACCAAAGCACCAAGAGAUCUGAGCAGCCAUCAUAUGGAAGAAGCCUCCACACAUUCUGCCCUGAUAAAUACAGCAUCUGAUUUGGGUUGUUUAAGAAUCCAUGUGAAAUGGUGGUGUCAUCUUGUAGUUUUGAAAAAUUCAUAUAGCAACUGUCCUAUGAUCAAUCUUUGCGCUAUUGCACCAACUCUUAGAAUGCACUAUGCUCAAUUGCAGAUUGUGUUUGACCAUUUAUUUUAUUGCUGGUUUUAAAAGAUAUUUUUUGUACACAGUUGUUGCCUUUAUUUGUAAUAUCUGUUUUAAUUAUAAAUGUGUACAUAUAAAUAUAUGGAUAUGUAAAAUAAACUGUUUCAGAAAGUCUAUUAUUUGUAAAACUACUUGAGUACAAAGAAAGUGGGAAAUAUGAAUGUAUUCCUGUUUCUUUAUAACGAGGAGAAGAAUUUGUUCUUCCUCUAGGGAGAAGUAAAGUGUCUAUAUUUUUGGAACCUUCGUAAAGGUGGGGAUAUUGUAAAUAUUUUUAUCAGAGUAAAUGUUAAGUAGUUGUUUUAAAAAAUAAUAAAAUUAUUUUCCUGUGGAAAA